CGCCUACAAAACAACGAUAAACAUAAAUUAAAAAACAAAUCCUGAAUACAAUAUCCGUAAUUCAAAAAUACCAUUUUACUGGAUUGACCGGUUUUACUCUAAACAAGAUAAUGGAGACUACAGAUACCUGAAUUAAACUUUUAUCGACGGAUUGGACACUAAAGCCUGAUGUCAAAGUUUUUGAGACUAUUCAACAGAUCCUCACUAUUAUGACAUCAUUUAACGCCAAUGUCGUCAAAACAGGGAACUGUUCUUAAAUAUCUAACAAAAGCUACCACAGUUUGUUUGGCUCCCACACUUGUACUGCAUUUUACAAAACGUUUAUUUCUUUUUCUCAAACGCCCAACAAGUUGGUAAAACGUGAGCGUAACGAUAGAUACCCGGGAACAGAAGAAUAGCAAAACGAGUAUGGAAAACGAUAAGAUGAGAAUCUCCGAUAUCAGACCGGGUACAUCAGACAAGGGCCGAGUAUUUGGAUCAUGUCCUGUACAGGAUGGGUGUUCUGGCUGUUCUACGAUCUAGAAUAAAAAAAGCUACAAUUGGUGCUAUGAUUACGGCGUCCCACAACCCUGAGGAGGACAACGGCAUCAAACUGAUUGACCCAGCAGGGGAGAUGUUAGAGGUCACCUGGGAGACACAUGCUACAUACCUCGCCAAUGUUGAAGAUGAAGACAUUACAUCGGCUAUUAAAUCUAUUGUCACAAAGGAGAAUGUUCCUAUGGAUGUUUCAGCCUCCGUAUAUGUCGCCAUGGAUACCAGAGGGAGUAGCCGGAGACUGUCAGAGGCUUUGCAGUGUGGAGUGCAGGCAGCUGGGGGCUUGUGUACAGAUUUUGGUCUGCUGACAACUCCACAGCUCCACUACAUGGUGCGAUGUACUAACAGUAAUGGCCUGUAUGGUGUAGCUACAGAGGAAGGCUAUUUCCAAAAGUUGUCCACAGCAUUUUGUAAACUACGACAACAGAUGGGACAGAAGGGAGACAGUGCAUACAAACUCACUCUCAAAUUGGAUGGAGCCAAUGGUGUAGGGGCCCAGAAAGCACGUCAGCUCUCGCCGUACAUCAGUGACUAUCUUAGUAUUGAUAUUUGCAACGAUGGGUCAACUGGGAAGCUGAAUCAUCAAUGUGGGGCAGAUUUUGUUAAGGUCAACCAAAGACCUCCUGAUGGGAUGAGUCUCCAGUGUGACUCCCGAUGUGCCUCCUUUGAUGGGGAUGCUGACAGAAUAGUGUAUUUCUACACAGACCAAGAUGGAAAGUUUCACUUGUUGGAUGGUGAUAAGAUAGCGACCCUGGUGGCAGGCUACCUACAGGAGCUUAUGACCAGAUCAGGUCUGUCACUGAACCUGGGCCUCGUCCAGACAGCCUACGCUAAUGGUAGCUCGACUGAAUACAUCACUAAGACACUGAAAGUGCCGGUGGCUUGUGCAGCGACGGGUGUGAAGCACCUCCACCACCGCGCACUCGAGUUUGACAUCGGUGUCUACUUCGAAGCUAACGGACAUGGAACGGUCAUAUUUAGUGACAAUGCUUCAGGUCAGAUACAAAAAGCAGCCACAGAUAGCAGCUUAUCGGCGAAACAACAAGAAGGAGCUGCACAACUGUGUACAGUUAUGGACCUCAUUAACCAGACUGUUGGUGAUGCUAUAUCAGAUAUGCUCCUUGUGGAGGUCAUUCUGGCGACCUAUGGAUGGGAAGCCAGUAACUGGGACAGUGCCUACACUGAUCUUCCAAACAGACAGCUAAAGGUCAAGGUGGAAGACCGAACAGUGAUAACAACAGCUGAUGCUGAGAGGACAGCCGUAACUCCCAAGGGUCUACAACAGGCUGUAGAUAAUCUGGUCGCCAAAUACAACCAUGGCAGGUCAUUUGUAAGGCCCUCCGGGACAGAAGAUGUUGUGAGAGUUUAUGCAGAGGCUGAUACACAGGUGAAUGCUGACAAACUAGCUGAUGAGGUUGGCUUAGCAGUCUACAGUAUGGCUGGUGGUAUUGGAGACCCACCUAAUGCAUCAUGAUAACCACAUCUUCUUACUACUUUGUGUAAUUUAUAUAUUAUGAACUUAAUACCUGUGAGGGGUAAUACUUGUUGAGGGUAUAAACAAUGUAGGUGAUCACUGUGGUUUACCUAGUUUUUGAUAUCACAUGUCAAAUUUCUCAGUUAAGGAUGGUGUAUGAUUUUAGAGACACUGUAGAGAAAUGUUUCCUAUAUAGGGUGUUUGAGAACAGAUUGUAAUGUAUUGACAGGGGCAAAUAAUUGCAAAAUAGACUAAGGCUUAAUAAAAAAGGCUUAACCUUAGCAGGUACUAGAACUUAUACAAAUUGCAAUCAUAUGCCAAUCAAUUGGCCCUACGUUGGGAUUUAUCAAAAUGUUACUUUAGAUAUUUCACGUAAGUUCAUUGCUUUGAGCAGUAUAUGUGUCAACACCUGUCAUGACCAGACAUGUGGAGAGGCAGGUGAAGACAGGUUUAACACUAGUUACUUUACACUGGGGAUGGCAAUCUCGCCGAUUGUUUGGCUUGGCCUAAGUACUCUCAUUAUCCAUUAAUCCAACAUUUAUACAACUCACUUCAGAAAUAUUUUUAUUGUAAGAAUUUAGCGAUGUUUUAUUUAUUACAUAUGU